AUGUCAAACUCGUCCUGGGCGCCCAACGAGACUGCGUCGGUCAUUUUCGCGGAGGAGACAUGGCUACAAGGCGCACUCCUCUCUAACAUCGCGUAUGGGAUGCAGCUCACGCUGUUUGUCAUGUGCUUUGUGACCCUCGUCCGCAAAAUGGAUCGGCACAACUUUCGGCGACAGCUCUUCCUCCUCAGCUUUAUUUGCGUUAUCUUCACCAUCGGAACGUUAUUUAUGGGGAGCCAGGCAAAAUUUACGCAGCAGGCGUUUAUCGAAUACCGAAAUUACCCUGGAGGCCCCAGUGUGUAUGAAGAAGCAGAGUUCGCUAAUCCCGUUGAUGAGAUCGCGAACGUGUGUUUUGUUGUUGGAAACUGGUUAUUGGAUGCUUUUCUCGUCUGGCGAUUCAUGGUCAUCUUCAGAGAUUUUGGACAGGGCUGGCUGGCUGCACUGACCUUCUUUCCCGUCUUGAUGUUACUUGCAUCGGUUGCUCUCGGGCUUGCCCUCCUUAUUGACAUGACCGGAUCAUCUCCUUUCGCAUUCGUAAACAUCACACUUGCGUACUACGUGAUGUCGCUCUCCCUCAACGUCAUCGUUACCCUGCUAAUCGUCGGUCGUCUGCUUAUCUAUCGACGGCGCAUGGCACGCGUCUUCGGUACGAAGGAGUCGUCGGACUACUUGAAUAUCUCUGCCAUCCUCAUUGAGUCUGCAUCCCUUUACUCGAUAUUUGCCGUGCUCUUCAUCGUGCCCUUUGGGCUGGGCAACUCGCUCGCAAAUGUAUUCCUGGACAGCGUCAGCCAAGUACAGAUCGUCUCGUCCCUGCUUAUCAUCUAUCGGGUGGCCACUGGCAAGGCGUGGUCACAGAGUAGCGCCACUGAGCUGACAACGAACCCUAGCACAACCGCAAUUCAGCUCAAGCAUAUGGGAAGCAUGCGGUUCGCCACCGUUACUAACGCUUCCACUGCUGUGGAUUCUGUCAUGACCAAAAAUACUGGCGGGAUCUCGAUAACACGCGAUGUUAUACGGGAGAAAGACUCAGUGGUGUAG